AUUGAAUUAAUUGUGCGAAUCUGCCACCUGCAAUAAACACAGGAUUUUUGACAGAAGAAAAAACUUCGUAAAUAAAACCCCAAAAGUCACGAGAUCAAAGAGAAAAAGUCUGCUUAACAAUUGCCAACGAACAAUAAACAGAGUAGACACGAAAUCACUGGAGAUUAUCUGUAGAAAUCCUGUGGAAAUACCUGAACAAAGAUGCUGUCAGGCCAGCAGUGAACCCUCGACAGUGGGCCAGGGUGAUUAAAUAAAACAAAAGGAUACAAUUCCUGAAUAAAUUGUUUCCAUUACGAAGCAAUCGUGAAUACGAGAGGCACAUGUGUGUGUUGCUUGGAGAAGAAUUUUGCACGAAAGAUGUCGGUGACAGAGGAGAGGAUCCAGGAGCUUGAUAGGAGCUUCCUGGAGUUCAUGAGAACAUCGGAUAAUGUUGACAUGGCAUCUCAGGAGAUUUAUGACGAUCUCUUGGAUGAGGUGCUCAUGGGCUUUGUUUUUGAUGUCCAUAGAACUAUCAAGACUGGAAGCUCUGAUGUGGAGGAGGGAAUACCUGACGAUGAGUCUUAUGCUAUUGUUGACUCUCCAGGUCUGGACGUCUUCGGUCAGCACCCAAUAAAGAAAUCCCAGGAAUGCAACUGUCCAAAUUGUGAUCGAGGUGUGGCAGCCUGUCGUUUCGCCACCCACCUGGAGAAAUGCAUGGGAAUGGGUAGAAACAGCUCUAGAAUAGCAUCGCGAAGAAUAGCGAAUAGUUCGAAAGACCUGAGCAACUUCAGUGGAGUCAUAAGCGAUGACGAGGACGACGCAGACUGGAGUGUCAACAAUGACAAGAGAAAGAGGAGAAAAGACAGGAAUGGUAUCAAGAGGAGCAAAACCCAGAAGACGCAGAGGAAUGGCGACACCCCAGAGAUGCAGACGAGUAACGAGAAUUCACCAUCGAACUACGAGAACAUGUCAAUUGAGGAUAAGAGAGCCCUGUUGACACAGAUAUGCGGAGUUAUCUCUGAGCACACGAAGAAGCUGUGCACGAGAUCCAUGAGGUGUCCUCAACACACUGACGACCAGAGGAAGGAGAUGAGGGCCAAUUUGGAGUUGAAUGAGGGAGGACUCCAGGUGGAUGUUGAUGCUUAUGACGAGGCCGAUGGACAACACUUGAGGGACGCUCUCUCCAGGUGGGACAGGGAUGGCUCCAAUCAGUCUAGUCCUGCUGACUCUGCCUCCACAACUUCCAAUUCGUCGUUGACGAGGAAGAGGGAGGGCAAGUCCAAGGGGAAGGGAAAGGGGAGCAAGCGAGAUCGAGGCUCACCCAUUUCACAGAAUGAAUGAAGAGGGAAUUUCGAGGGUUGGAGGAGUGAUGAGGGGAGCAAGCAUGUGUUGAUGAAUUUUUUAAUUAAAUUAUUGGGUGUUUUGUUGAAUUAAAUUAAUAGAAUUACUUGGAUAAUUUGAGUUUUAGUAUUAGGAAUUGAUAAUUCGGGGAGUCUCCCAGUUUUUUUGAGUUGGAAAAUUGGGGAGAGAUGUUCUAAACUCGAGGAUGAAUGUACAAAAUGAUAUUAAAUUAAUAAAAUACCAUAAAAAUAGAAA